AUGUCAAACGUUGUGAUGAGGCGGAAAAGACCAAGAGACGACAGCGUCGGCCAGAAUACCUUCAAGGGAAAGCGGAAGGACGAGUCGCUUACGCAUGAUGAUUAUACUGUGGGAUGGGUCUGCGCACUUUCAGAGGAGCAGACUGCCGCCACAGCGAUGCUUGACAGGGAACAUCCUCCCUUAUCGAAACCAUCAACUGACAAUAACGCAUACACGCUGGGGUCUAUCGGAGAACACAAUGUUGUGAUCGCUUGCCUUCCACUGGGUAUGACUGGGAUCGCUCCCUCGGCUGCAGUCGUCAACUCCAUGGUUGCCACUUUUCCUCGCAUCAAAUUUGGCCUGAUGGUUGGCGUUGGCGGCGGUGUGCCGUCAAAAGAUAACAACAUUCAACUUGGCGAUGUCGUGGUCAGUACGCCUGUCGGCACAUAUCCUGGAGUUGUGAAGUGGGACUCUGGCAAGAUCACCGGGAUUGACAAGUUUGAGCGAACUGGCUCGCUCAAUAUGCCUCCCAAGUCCUUACUUACAGCAUUGACACUACUCAGGACACGGCAUGCUAUGGGAAGGUCCAUGAUUUCGCAGUAUCUCGAAGAGGUCAAACAGAAGUCGAGUGAAUUGGCUUCCAUGAUUUGUCGGACCGAUUCACUUCAGGAUCUGUUAUUCAAGUCCAGUUACAGCCACGUGGAGCAGCCCGCUUUGGACGAGGAUGAAGAGGAUUACAAAAAAUACGAAAGCUGUCACUUUUGCGACAAGAGUAUGAUUGUAAAAAGAAACCCUGAGAAAUCACCUGUCCACUAUGGUCUUAUCGCAUCAGGAGACAAGCUCGUCAAAGAUGCUGCUUUCCGGAAUAAACUUAACAAAGAACUCGGAGGCCAUGUUCUGUGUGUUGAGAUGGAAGCUGCAGGUCUUAUGAACGAGUUUCCUUGUCUUGUCAUACGAGGUAUCUGUGAUUAUGCCGAUUCGCAUAAGAACGACGAUUGGCAGGAAUACGCGGCAAUCAGGGCUGCUGCAUUUGCAAAGGAGCUUCUUCAAUAUGUUCAAGCAGAUGACAUAGAGAAAGAAAGGCCUGUGAAGGAUAUACUCGAAGAAGUUCAAUCCGUUCUGAAUGGAUUACAAGAAGAUGUCGCUCAGAUCCACUCCCGGCAAACCAGACAAGAGGAUACCAAGGUCCUUGACUGGUUAACGCCAGUCGACUAUGGCUUGCAGCAGAGCGAGAACAUUAACACUCGAGAACAAGGAACUGGUCAUUGGCUUAUUGAGACUGAGGAGUUCCAAACCUGGCUAUUGACAAAAGGACAAACCUUGUUUUGCCGAGGUAUUCCAGGAGUUGGAAAAACAAUCCUGACGUCAAUCGUGGUUGACAAUCUCAUCUCCAACUUCCGCCACAACUCAACCAUUGGCAUCGCAUAUAUUUACUGCAAUUUCCGACGGGUGGACGACCAGGCAACCCAAAAGCUCCUCGGAAGUCUUCUCAAACAACUCGCCGCAGGCUUACCCGAUUUGCCGAUAGAACUAAAACGCCUCUAUACCAAUCACCAACCGGGGCGAACUCGUCCGUCUCCACAGGAAAUACUUUCGGCUCUGGGCUCAGUAGCUGCGAGAUUCUCCCGAGUGUUUGUUGUUAUUGAUGCACUCGAUGAAACUGGAAAUGAACGAGAAGACUUUCUGACCGAGCUAAGUCGCCUUCAGCAACAAAACCACAUCAACCUGUUUACUACCUCACGCCACGAUUCCAAGAUUACAAAUGAGAAUGAAGAGCUGUUCAGGAAUCUCACCAAGUUGGAAAUCGUUGCAGCACCAGAUGACCUACAGGCUUAUGUGAGAGCCAAUCUGAAGUGGUUACCUCCUAACAUUCGAAACGGAACAACGUUACCACAGGAUAUCGUGGCAGGGAUCGCGGAAUCUGUGGAUGGAAUGUUUCUCUUAGCUCGAAUCUAUCUGAACUUGCUGAGCUUCAAAAUCUCCGUUACUGAGAUCCGAAACCAAUUAGAGGCUUUCCAGCAGUGUGGCAAACGCCGAGGCACAGGCAACGCUGGCACGCCUCUAGCCGAUGCUUACAAACAAACCAUGGAAAGAAUCAAUGGACAACAGCCAGAACACACAAUCCUUGCCAAAAAAGUGUUACUAUGGAUUGCCUUCGCCAGAAGAGAGCUUAAGGUUAUCGAGCUUCAACAUGCCCUGGCUACAGGCAACGAACCGCAGGUGGUCCAUGACCAAGAUUUGCCCUUUGUUGAGAAGAUGGUUGCUGUGUGCGCCGGGCUCAUAACAAUUGACGAGAAAACAAACGUUAUCCGGCUGGUUCAUUUUACUACCCAAGAAUACAUCAACCAACAACCUGACCAGCUACUCCCAAUGACGGAGCAGUACAUCACCAGGACCUGUCUCAACUAUAUAUCCCUCAGCGGCCUCAGGAUCCUUGAUGGGGACCCCUUGAGUGGUAUGACAGAUUUCCUCAAACAGGUCAAGUACCACCCCUUUUACAAUUAUGCAGCACAAAACUGGGGACAUCAUGCUCGUGAUUCACCAAUAUCGCAGCUGGAACUUGAGAGUUUUGUCUUAGAGACAGAUGUCCAUACAUCAGCGAACCUGCUAAUUCUUACUGAAUCUAUGGUGAAUCAUCUAUUAUCUCGUCGUAUGGGCAAACAAGACUUGAAGUCCUUCACAAAGCUCCAUGUGGCUGCAUAUUUCGGACUGGCAAAUCUUGUAGAGGAUCUCAUUCGAGUAGGGUUCGAGAUAGAUCCAUGGUUAGUCUAA